GCGCAGGGUGGUGCCUUUGGUGCCUUGAAUAGAAAAUCAAUAAAAUUUAACUUUCCUAGUCUCCAGAUACUGAAUUGCCUUAUUUCCAAGUACAAUGAAAAUUCCACUGCCAUUGUAAUAUAUUAAUUUUUGUGUAAUAGUUUUGUAAGUGAUAAUACGAGACCAUGGAUGAUGCCACGGUGCCUCUACACCUGGAGCCCUUGCAAGCUUGCGAGGUCAGCGACAAAAGAUUAUGGAUCGGAAAUCUCGACACUCGGGUUAAUGAGUAUCAAUUACUGAAACUGGUGCGUGCGUACGGAAACAUCGAGAAGUUCGACAUGCUGUUCCACCGCACGGGGCCCAAUGCCGGGCAGCCUCGAGGCUUCGCCUUUGUCACGUACCGGCUGAGGCAAGAUGCCAUUAAGGCAAUGAAUUCAUUGAAUGGACAACUGCUGGGCCAUAAGAAGAUCUGCGUGAAAUUUGCUAAGAAUGCAUCUGAUGACCAAGACAAGCCGAAACCGGAGCUUGGUAUACCAGCACUGGCUGGUGCAAAGCCAGAAAUGAAAUUAAGUAAAAAAACUGCAAUACAAUCCAUAGAAGCAAAACUCAAAAUGAUGGAAAACAUGAAAGCCGGUGACGACUUUGUCGUUAACAAAUUGGCAGCUAACGAGACACCAAUCAUCACUCAAUAUCAAACAAAGCAAUUCCAACCACCCCACAAGUCAGCUAGUUCGUUUAGGAGACGCCAUCCUUAUCAUAAAAAAAGAUAAUCUUUGUUUAUGCAGUUGCAUGAAAAUUUUUGACUUUUGUAUUAUUUCGUCAGUUUUGUAAAUUGUGAUGUUUGACGAGUUCGAAUUUGAGAUUUAUUUUCACAAUAGAAAACAUGUAAACGGUAAAAGGACAUACAAAAUACAAAAAAGUUCCAUAGUUUCGUUAAUAUUUUGUAGUCAAAACAUUUCUAAUGUCUUUUACCUUUUCUUUUGUCUACUCAAAAUUUUUUCAAAAUAUAUCGUAGUUUUGAUUAUAUAUUUAUCCAAUUGUAUAUGCUUCAGAUUUAUCUUUCUGCCUUUUAAAUAGUGACAUGACUUCAAUAAUCUGACAUUUUGUGAUCAUUUUAUAAUAGUACAGUUUAUUUAUAAGUUAAAACAGUAUUAAUUGCUAACAUAGACCUAUUUUGUUAGUGUAAUUUUAAGUUAAUUAGGUACCUCGACUCCUCCUACGUAAAGUACGUAACGUGUCAUGCUCAUUUUAGUGAACUCAGAACUUUAAAGCGCCUCCCUUUAAACUAGGCAAUUUCGACAUACGAUACUUUACGUAGGACGGGUCGACCUAUUUGUUUUACAUAGCUUGGUAUGAUGCUAAUUAUUAAACGCUGGUGCCCGUAACUCGAUAUUCAGGCGCCUUUUUUUGCGUGUGGUGUCCGCAACUCGUGCCACCCAAACUCCUCCAAGAAUCUCAGCACCCUCCUGGGUUUGCUGAAAACAUCGGGGAGCGACGUCGGCACUCCAAGGUACAUCGCCCUGGAGGUGGUCACGGUCCUCGCCGCCACCCUGAGGGUACGGAACUACGGGCCCUUGAGGUGAUCCGAUGCCGCCACCUUCUCGACCGUUUCGAGGCUUGAUGCGCAACCCGACCUCAGUCGUCGGAAGGGCCUCCUACUUCAGCAGGUCGUCCUUUCUAGGAAGCGAUAACUUGGACCUGGAGCGACAGACGGGUACUAGACAGCUUCCUUGUCACCUGAGCCCUUCUGUUGCCUUCUCUUAGAGGCCGGUGUCUCCGCAGAAGGCGGCUUAGCCCGCUUUCUGGUCCGGCCGCGAGUCCAUGUCGCAGACGAAGCUGAGGCGAGUGACAUGAAGGAGCAGUCGGACUCUUCGCCGUUCUCCCCAACAACUCUUGGUGUCCGGGUCCUAGCAGUGGCGGAUUAGCCCUAAGGCCCAGUAUGCCCGGGCCUAGGGUGGCCAGCGUGACAAAAAAUUCACUGAUGAUAACAAAAAAUAACUCAAAAGUAUCUAAAUAUUCUAAGGGCUCACGCACACUAUGGUAUAAUCUUCCUAAAUCACUUUUGUACAUUUGUUGUAUAAAAUAUAGAUAUGUUACAUAUCUAUAAUUUAAUGUAUAAUCACUACAUAUUAUCACUACCGCGUCUGUUAUUAUAGUUAACUAAAUUCUCUUUCGAAAAAUCGAUUUCGUAAAAGUUGGUAAUAAAGUAAAUCCAUUAUGUAGUCUACUAGUAUAUGAUGAGUGCUGAGAAAGGGGCGGCUGGUACUGACUAUAUGGCCUGGGGCGACUAAGACUGCAAAUCCGCCAUUGGGUCCUAAGAUGUGCGAACCUUCCCAAGCCAUCUCGUGUGGGCAGGCGCUGCCAUCUUCAAUUAUACAUCAACAUCCAAUUCACGUGCGGGAUCAGUGUCCAUUGUUAUUGCCAAGUCGUUCUCACGGGAGUCAGCGAUCGGCUGAUACACGAGGCAAUUUUUGCCCCCCAACCAUAAUGGUGGUGGACAGUUGCAGUCUCCUUAAGAUCUUUGCGAUUAAAGGCACUCUGAGAGGCACUGCAACUGUUACGGAUAGGCUACGUGUCGCUUACCACUAGGCGACUUGUUCGUCCCUUCGCUUGGUAUUAUAAAAAAAAAAUUUGUAAAGUUAGCUGGCGUAGUUAGUUGCAUGAAACUACUUAGUUAGUUUCGUUCGCGUCAAGCGUGGUCAAGUUUGUCCCCCCGUGCCUCUUCUCAACACCUCGCCUGUGGCCAUUUGACGCUGGGGUUUGGAGGUAAAAAUUAUGUGAUAAUCGAGGUUAUAAAGUGUCUUCAAACUUAUAUGUGUUUGAACACAAUGGAAUAACAAUAAAUAUAGAUAGAUUUGUUCGCUUGUACCAGCUUUCUCAUUAUAUUAAUGGGUUGAUGUACAAAAUGCAAACACAUCUCUGUUACUUUCACCAACAGUUUGUGUCAAGUGUAUAUGAAUUCCAGGCUACGUUAAACAAAUUGUUAUACCAUCGACUGUGUUCAGAAUUGGUGAGGAAAUAAUACUCCAAUUAGAUAUUUUGUAAUUUUUCUAGUUUACAGACAAAUGUUUUAUAUUACUGCUACGCAAUACGUACAACAAAAAAUUAUGCAAAAGUAUUUAGCAUUGAAAUUUUUACGAUUAAAUUUCUUUUACUUGAACUUCUUGUUACUUUCGUCGAAUAAAAGAUUUCCGA